AAUAAGCUGGAAUGGUGGGACUUGAAUCCAGCUUCUCACAUGAUCAAAGACUGACUAGUGGGUCUGAUGAUCAUGUCUGCAGGAUGAAGAGGGUGUUGGGUGAAAGAACUAAAUAGAAAAAACCCACAGGAAUCUCACUCUGAGCUGAAGAAAAUGUGUGCAAAUUUUCUUAAAUUUUCGCCAAAAUUAUGUCCACUACUCAGGAAAAAAACAGAGGAACCAAAUGAAUCCAGCCGAUUACUAACCAAGGGAGAUGCUGAAUCCCAGAAGGCUACAUUUGGUGCCCUGCAUAAUCGCAUUCAAAAUGGCAAGGCUGACACGGACCUUGCUGAGGCAGUUUCACCCAAAAGAGGUCUACUAUCCAGUCCUGAUGUCCUUAUAUCUUUCAUCAAGUAUUUUAUGUUCUUCUACAACUUUGUCUUCUCGGUCCUGGGCUUGGCUGUCUUUGGCAUUGGUAUCUGGGGGCUUGUAGAUAAGCAGUCACUGAUGCCUGAACAGAUCAGUAACCUAGGCACAGAUCCUAUGCUCUUCUUUGUUCUUAUGGGAUUGGUUGUUAGUGUGCUAUCCAUGUCAGGGUGUGCUGGUUUCCUGAGAGAGAAUUCCUGCCUCCUUAAAUUGUUUUCUGCAGGAAUCGGCACCCUGCUUAUCACACAACUGCUAUCUGCCGCCAUCAUCUUCUCCUUCAGAGAACAGAUUAGAAAUUCUGUUCAGAACUUCUUGCUAGUAGCUGUGAGCAGAUACCAAGAUGAUUCUGACCUGAGGUUUAUUAUGGAUGAACUUCAGCUAGGAAUGGAGUGCUGUGGAGUUCAGUCAUACCAGGACUGGGAAUUUAAUCUGUAUUUCAAUUGCAGCUCCCCAGGAGUUCUUGCUUGUGGGGUUCCAUACUCCUGCUGUAUCGACCCACUAGAAAAUGGCACUGUGCCAAAUUCUCAGUGUGGGUAUGGAGUCCUAGAGAUGGGAGAGAUCCUGGCAGGAAGCCGAAUCUACCUUGGAGGAUGUGUGCCUCAACUGUCUCUCUGGCUACAACGUGGGAUGUGGGAUAUUACUACAGGAUUGCUUUUGGUUACCACUGUUGAGGUUAUCUGUAUUCUGUGUGCCAGGAGGAUGCUGGAAAAUAUCAAGAUGAUUAAAUCCUACUGGUGGCAAGGUGAUUCUCAGAACUUCAGGACUAUCAGUGUUCAAUGACAGCAUGUCAGUUUGUAUCACCAGCUUCAGAAUGUAUAUAUCCAUUAUAGCACUAGUGAUUCUUUACAUAUAGAAGGUUAAACAGCCUUUGGAGCUUGGAAUCCAGUGACUAUAAACAGUGUUCUUUCUUCUAAUAUACCAACAGAUAAAGCUCACAUGGCCAUUCAUAUGGAAAAGCUUUUCCAGACUAGUGACAAAAUAAGAUGAUUAUUUUUUUUGGCUUAAAUGAAUAAUAAAAAUACAAGCAGUAAACAUAACAGGUUUGCAACUAUUACAUUAAAUAAAAUGAUCAUAUGAAAA